CCCAGACGGCAGGUGCCAAGUCACCACUGCAAAGAAACUUCCUCUUCCCGAGCGGGGAGGGGCCUGGCCCGGUGCCGACGCCCUCGGCCGGUGGGCUCGGACGUUAGGAGCAGAACCCGCUCCAGGUCCCGCUGUGUCCGGGCGUCGGUGCCCUCCGGGGCUCGGGCCGACGCACCCAGUCCCGGGCCGACCAGGCGCCGCGGCCCACCUGCCCCGGUACCCGCCGUGGGACCCCGUUGCCCUGCACCUGAGGAUGUUGUCAGCAUAGGUCCUUGAUUAUCGGCGAGUCACUGAAGUUCCGAGAGAGGUGUCUCUUGAGGCACACAGGUCCCCCGUCGCCUCCCACGGUCUGACCUCCACCACGGGGACGCCGCUCAAAGUCAACAGGCGGGAGUCGAACGUGACCCGUGCGAGGGAGCGCGCAUGCGCGUACGUGCGUGCGCGCCUGCGCGUGUGCUCCGCAGCGUCAUCGCCCAGGACGGUGGCGGCGCGUCCUGCGCGAUCCCUGUGACAGGAAUGUGUUUCUGAUCAUCUGAAUCUUAAUCAUGUCCAACUGCCUGCAAAAUUUCCUGAAAAUUACACGCACUCAUCUUCUGUGUUCAAGAUUAUGCCAGCAGUUAACAAGAAGUAAAAGGAAGUUUUUCGGAACUGUGCCAAUGUCCAGAUUGCAUAGGCGAGUUGUCAUUACAGGCAUUGGCUUAGUGACUCCUCUUGGUGUUGGAACUCACCUGGUUUGGGAUCGUCUUAUGCGAGGAGAGAGUGGAAUUGUUUCACUGGUCGGUGAAGAGUAUAAGAGUCUCCCUUGCAGUGUUGCUGCUUAUGUGCCAAGAGGUUGUGAUGAAGGUCAGUUCAAUGAACAAAACUUUGUGUCCAAAGCAGAUAUCAAGUCCAUGUCUUCUCCCACCAUCAUGGCUAUGGGGGCUGCAGAAUUAGCCAUGAAGGAUUCCGGCUGGCAUCCUCAGUCAGAAGCUGAUCAAGUGGCUACUGGUGUUGCAAUUGGCAUGGGAAUGAUUCCUCUUGAAGUUGUUUCUGAAACUGCUUUGAAUUUUCAGACAAAAGGUUACAAUAAAGUUAGCCCAUUUUUUGUCCCUAAGAUUCUGGUCAAUAUGGCAGCAGGCCAGGUUAGCAUUCGAUAUAAACUCAAGGGCCCCAAUCAUGCGGUGUCCACAGCCUGUACCACAGGAGCUCAUGCUGUGGGAGACUCUUUCAGAUUUGUAGCCCGUGGUGAUGCUGAUGUGAUGGUGGCUGGAGGUACAGAUUCUUGUAUUAGCCCUUUAUCUCUUGCUGGGUUUUCCAGAGCCAGGGCUCUGAGCACAAACUCAGAUCCCAAGUUGGCAUGUCGACCAUUUCAUCCAAAGAGAGAUGGUUUUGUAAUGGGAGAAGGUGCAGCUGUGCUGGUGCUGGAAGAAUAUGAACAUGCUAUUCAAAGAAGAGCCCGCAUCUAUGCAGAAGUUUUGGGCUAUGGACUCUCAGGUGAUGCUGGUCACAUAACUGCCCCUGAUCCUGAAGGAGAAGGUGCCUUAAGGUGUAUGGCUGCUGCUUUAAAAGAUGCAGGUGUACAACCUGAAGAGAUAUCCUAUAUCAAUGCACAUGCUACUUCCACACCAUUGGGAGAUGCUGCUGAAAACAAAGCUAUCAAACAUCUCUUCAAAGACCAUGCAUAUGCCCUUGCAGUUUCCUCAACUAAGGGAGCAACAGGACACCUGCUGGGAGCUGCAGGGGCGGUGGAGGCAGCUUUCACCACACUGGCUUGUUAUUAUCAAAAACUACCACCUACUUUAAACCUGGAUUGUACAGAACCAGAAUUUGAUCUCAACUAUGUUCCACUAAAGGCACAGGAUUGGAAAAGUGAGAAAAGAUUUAUUGGACUCAGCAACUCCUUUGGUUUUGGUGGUACUAAUGCAACACUUUGUAUUGCUGGAAUGUAAAACAAAUCAUUUGUAAUUAAAUGUUGAUUUUUAAAUGUUA